ACGCUGAGCGACGUCUUGGACGUGAUUCUUCAAAUCGGGAUUUUGUGCGGUGUAAAGGAAAAGGCGGUGACUUUGCUGACGCAGCUUCGAUCACGUUUGCGUACUAUCGCUCGUGUCGUCGCCACGGCUGACGAAAGGCCGAAGGUCAUGUCUUUGGAAGGCAUCAAACCUCUCGUCGCCGGCGGACACUGGCUGCCCGAGAUGAAAUCAAUCGCCGGCGGUAUCGACGAACUUCACGAACCGGGCGUUUCAGCUGAGCGCAUGCGAUGGGAGCAAGUGCUGUCGUACGGCCCAGAUGUGUUACUUCUCGUGCCUUGCUACAUAGGUAAAUCAUCCGAAGAAACCAUGGAGAGGACGCUCGAACAGCUAGAACAUUUGGCGAGUCAGCCGGGUUGGUGGGUGAUUCCUGCCGUGCGCGAUCGCCGCGUCUUCGUUCUCUCCCACGAAAUGAUUUGUCAAGCCGGUCCACAACUCGUUGAUGGUGUGGAGACUUUAGCUCGAAUUCUCCAUCCGGAUUUGUUCCCGAUGGAACUGCGUCAAGGAGUUUGCUACAAGUUCAACCUCGAAGAAGGUCGCUCUUGUCGACCAAAGCAACUGCGCCAACACUUCGUCGAGUGGCGCUAG